GGUAGAGGUUAGGUGGCCACUAUCAUCUCUAUUUCUCUUUCUCUCACUUUACUGAGCACUGCUAUGCUGUUUGGCUUAGCAGUGGUAGUGAGAUCUGACUUCUGAGCAGUGGGAACAAGAAGGAAACAAAACAGAGCCUUCAAUUUCAUUUCAUUUUCUUCCUCCCGAAGAAAAUGUUGUCAAUUCGAUCCCUUAACGUGGUGCUGAGAAGCUGCAGCUGCUACUAUUCUUCUUCCGCCCUAUCGGCCGCCGCUACAGAAGCCGAGAGAACUCUCCGGGAAGGUCCUAGAAACGACUGGACUCGCCAACAGAUCAACUCCAUCUACCAUUCUCCUCUUCUCGAUCUCCUUUUCCAUGGAGCUCAAGUUCACAGACAUGCUCAUAACUUCAGAGAGGUGCAACAGUGUACACUCCUCUCCAUCAAGACUGGUGGAUGUAGCGAGGAUUGCUCCUAUUGUCCUCAGUCCUCAAGGUACCAAACCGGCGUGAAGUCCCACAAACUCAUGACCAAGGAUGCCGUUUUGCAGGCUGCUAAACAGGCAAAAGAGGCUGGUAGUACACGCUUUUGCAUGGGCGCAGCUUGGAGAGACACAGUAGGAAGGAAAACUAACUUCAACCAAAUUCUUGAAUAUGUUAAAGAAAUUAGGGAUAUGGGGAUGGAAGUGUGUUGCACUUUGGGCAUGCUGGAGAAGCAGCAAGCACUUGAACUUAAGAAGGCUGGUCUAACAGCUUACAACCAUAAUCUUGAUACUUCAAAAGAAUAUUACCCCAACAUUAUUACAACAAGAACUUAUGAUGAGCGGCUGGAAACCCUUCAACAUGUCCGUGAAGCUGGAAUUAAUGUCUGUUCAGGGGGGAUUAUAGGGCUUGGAGAAGCAGAAGAGGACCGGGUUGGUUUACUUCACACUUUGGCAACACUUCCCACUCACCCAGAAAGUGUUCCCAUUAAUGCCUUGGUCGCAGUGGAAGGCACACCUCUUCAAGAUCAAAAGCCUGUGGAAAUAUGGGAGAUGAUUCGGAUGAUUGCCACUGCUCGUAUAGUCAUGCCGACAUCCAUGGUUAGGCUGUCGGCCGGGAGAGUUCGUUUCUCCAUGCCUGAGCAGGCAUUAUGCUUCCUUGCCGGAGCAAAUUCUAUAUUCACUGGUGAGAAGCUGUUGACAACUCCAAACAAUGAUUAUGAUGCUGAUCAAGACAUGUUCAAAAUCCUCGGACUGAUUCCGAAACCUCCCAGUUUUCCUGAGGAAGAAGCAAGCUGUGGUGAAGCUGUUUCAUCGUCAGGUUGAUUCAAAGAAGUUCCUUUUUAGUUGUAGCAUUGUUAAUUCACUGCAAAUUGCCUUUUCCGGUUAUUAUGUUUGUUAGUUAAUAAAAAUGGGAAUUAGC